CUUUCCAGUCAAGGCACACAUAAUUGCAAUUUGUGGCAAAGCAGACAUAUAUCCGGGCGGAAAUGUGUACCAAAUUGAUGGGGAUCGUGAGGAUCGGAUGAUGGAAUUGGAGAGCCCUGAAAAUUUCGCCCGUUGUGUCUGUCGCACUCGCAACAGGGGACGACCGCCUCCGCGAUGUGUGGCAGAACAGCGCCUUGGAGGCGUCUUCACCCUGCACGGCAGCCAUGGCGUCCCGGGCUACGCCGAGGUGGCGCCGGGCUCGCCCGGGUUGUUAUGGAUUUCACAUGUCACACUAUAAUCUAAUGAAACCUAAUACAAGUCUAUUCAAUCCAACACCAUCUGCUAUAGUUAUCUAAUAGAAAUUCACCCCAUAGGUCUAAAAAGUAUUUUCAG